UGUCCAUGUGGAUGUUGCGAACUGUCAACAUUGCCUUACUAACAUCUCCAAGAGGAGAAGACGCCUUCUUUGCGUAAUCUCUCUUAUCCCUUUGGACUCUACACUAAUCAUCAUGAAGGUUGUCGGAUCUACCUGCGCCCUGAAGAGCAAGGUCGGCGGUGAGGACAUGGUGCGCUGCCUGUCCGACCAGAGCCUGACCAUCUCCAAGUGCAAGAUCCCGCUGCUGGAUGAGCAGAUGAGCGUCUUCCUUCAGGACAUGAACAGCUGCUACAGCAAGCUGAAGGAACUUGUGCCCACUCUGCCCACCAACAAGAAGGCCAGCAAAGUGGAGAUCCUGCAGCAUGUCAUUGACUACAUCUGGGACCUGCAGGUCGAGCUGGAUGAGCCGGAGAAGAGUCGCCAACUCUCCACCGGCACCGUCCCUCGCACGCCGCUGACCACCCUGAACGCAGAGCUCGCCAGCAUCACAGUAGAGAAUGGAUGCUCGGAUGACAGGAUAAUGUGCCGUUAAGAGGUCGUGGAGCGUCGCACCAUCACUCUGCAACGAGCACCGCAAAGAACAAACAAGGCUACCUGAUGUGAUUCUCCAACACAUCAUUAAAAAAACCUUGAACUGAGUAGGGACGUUUCAAACUCCCAAUGCUAGAAAACGUGGACAUCCUCCGGCAGUGAGGAUCUCUGUCACUCAGAGCUCUCGAUUCAUCAGAGGGCCCCGAGAGAAGAAGAAGAAGACCGCUGGUGUCCAGAAAUAGACUGGGUUAGCCGGGGACCAAGACAAGUUCAGCAGCGAGAAUCACUUGUUGCUCGUAGAGUUUUUAAAGAAAGCUAAUUUCUGUUACACUCUUUGUAUCUUGUAAACCAUAUAGAAAAAUCGGAAAAGAUUAAAUCUCUCAGAUUCCUGAGCGACAAACUGUAUUGUAUAUUACAAUGCCAUAUUAUGUGAAGAUAUUGUUUUCUUACAAUGUACCUUAUUGGUGUUUUUAUUAAAACAAGACAAUUAUUUUUCAA